GGAAGGCCAUGGCCAUGGAUGCUGCUAACAUGUCAGGAAGUUCUUCGAUGAUUUAUACUUGUGCAGAUAAAGUGGCAUCCAACGAUGACCUCUUACUCGAAAUCUUCCUCCGUUUACCUGUGAAAUCUCUUCUCCGAUUUAAGUCCGUCUCCAAGAACUGGCGAUCACUCAUCUCCAAUCCACUGUUUAUCCAUCUCCGGCGACGCCAACGCACUCAUCCGGGUCUGCUUCUGCACUGGCUCUCACGACCCAGAAAUCGCGCCUCCACCUCACAUGUCGAUUUCGUUGCUUUGAACAACAACAACAACAACCAUGGUGGGGGAGAUGAUGAUCAUCCAGAUCUCUCAUUCUUCCCCAAUCUUUCUGAUGUCUUUCACAUGACGUCCUGCAAUGGUCUCGUCUGCUGUGUCGUCGAUCGCGACUGUCACGUCAUCAAUCCCACCACAAGGCAAUUCUCCACCGUUCCCCAGCCGACGCACCUGUCUCGCCUUAGGAUGGAAGGAGUGAGUUUGGCCUUCGAUCCGUCGAAAUCUCUUCACUACAAAUUGGUUUGUCUCUGGAGCAAUCCGAUUCGGUCGACUGUCGAGCCACGUAUUCGAUCGGAAACCUAUUACCAGGUCGAGAUUUACUCAUCCGAGACGAGAUCGUGGAAGGUUCUAGACGUGAAUUUCACAUUACCAUAUCGACACCGUCCGGAUUUCUACAACGGGAUUUACUGGAACGACUCAAUCAUCUGGUUCUGCAGCUCCGGCGAUUCUGUCUACUUCCAAAUUGAAGAGGAGCGAAUCGGAACCAUUCCUCAACGUACCACCACCAUUCAAGAGGAAGUUUGGGGAGACAGAGCCUUCUGCUACGGCGAAUCAGGGGGGCAUUUUUACGUGGUUGAAAGGUCUCCUCCGAGUACAGGGGUGAAGAUCCAUGAACUGACGGCGGACUUUUCAGGGUGGGUGAUGAAGUAUAGCAGUGACCUUGGUCAAAUCGGGAGGGCAUUCCCUCAGAUGAUCGAGAAUCUUCCGGGAAGGGUUAAUGGGUUUAGGGUAUUGUCGAUGGUUUGGAGUGAAGAAGGUGGGGAGGAAGCGUAUCUGGUGUUGACCAUACCGGGGAAGAUCAUAAGGUUGAAUCUGGAGGACAACAGCUUUAGGGAAGUUUGUAAUGUGGAAUCAGUGAUGUGUAAGGAAGACGGAAGAAUGGCCUAUGGAUCCACUAGAUAUUUAGUCGGUACACGUUAUGCUCAUCACUAUAUUGAUUCACUUUUCAGCACCUCACCCUGACCAUGACCAUGACCGAGCAUCAUCAUCAUCAUCCUCACCCAUUUGAGAUUGCUUAUA